AAGUCUUGUCCUGCCGGCCCCACUGGACUGAAGCCGCUGCCAGGGGCCGCCGUGCGACAUUUAGUAGCCUGAAGCCAGCCACACAGAAGGUGCUUGUUGCUCGCCCGUCUCCAGCUCCUCCUCCCGCCGCUGGAGCCAGAAGCCGAACCUUUUCCAAUAGGCUGCUGCUGCCGCUGCUAUUCUUAACUGAGCCUUUCCCUCGCCGCCUGGCAGGCCUCUGAUCCUCUCAUUCGGACCGAUCCGUAGUUGCCAGGGACGGAGCUCGCCUCGAUCUCUCGAACAACCUUCCGGGGCCUCGGAUCAGGCUCGGUUAGGGGGCCGCACGAGGCCUGGGGUCCGGGGCUCAAGCGCACAGCGCACAGCGCGUCUCCGAUCCUCACGCAGCCACCCCGUUUGGAGGCGCCGGUCUGCUCGCUCUCCCCGGCUUCCUGUUGGCGCUGCGCAGUCCCGGCUCCAGGAGCGGAGCGGAGGUUGGGCUGGGCCGGGCCGCCCAGCCCGCCUGGCACCCGGCGCGUUAUGGAGAAGCGUGCCGGCAGGGUGAAGGAGAAGCGGCGUUAGAAAGAGCCUGGCUGUGUGAAGAAUGAUGCUCUUUCCCGCUUGAGGUGACCAGUUCUCCAUAGUGAAUUGUAAAAGAAUGUGGAUUAACCGAGUCCCCUGCUGUCUACUGGCAGUAGUGCACCUGUGUAUCUUGAACGAAUUGGCCCACAGUCAGGAAACAGAUCUUUCACAUAAGCCUCAGAGCUUGACUUGUAUAACGCACAACUUUGAAACAGUUAUCUGUUCCUGGACUACUGCCUCCACAGCUAACCUUGGAUUUAAUUAUUUGUUCUGUCCCAGAACUCCUUCUGCCCCAGCCUGUUCAGAAACGAAGGAGAAGACAGCACAGAUUAAUCAACUGAUCUCAUUUGCCUCUAUUCCAAUAGAGAUAUCCACUUUGCAUCCAUCUGGAAAAGUGAUAGCUAAAAACACAUUUUUGCUGACUGAUAAAAAUAUUUCCUUUGUUCCUCCCACUCCGCUUAUUCAUACAUUGACUGCCAACUUUUUAACGGACACGUUGAAUCUGGAGUGGUAUGAUGGUGGUUCAGCCUUUACCAUUGAAAUGGAUGCUACUUGGCAAAUUCAGAUCCUGCGUAAAAACACCAUGGAAGAAGUGGCACUGGAGUUCUAUCCUUCAAAAUUAACUGGUGAGAACACCCUUCUCCAUUGGAGCUGGAAAUCAGACUUGCCUUUUCAGUGCACCACACACUAUGUCAGGAUCCGCUGUUUUCUUCAUGAGGAAGCAUUUCCUGGGAACAAUAUGUGGAGUGAGUGGAGCCAACUUGCAAAUAUCCCUGGGAAUGAUACGGGCUCUUCCACAGGUGUGUUUCCUGUGGACAGAGUGGUGCUAGUAGGUUCCAACGUGACCUUCUGUUGUGUAUGGAAGGAGGGAGAGAGUAUACUUAGCUUGAAGUAUUCUGACCUGGACUUGAAUCACACUCGUUUCUCUGACUGGAGUGCAAUAAUCCAAGUGCAAAACGUCAGUGCUGAGAAGUCUGGGAAGAAUGCAUUUUGCACACUGAACACAUCGGCAUCCACCUCUGCAAUGGAGGGGGCUGUUCUCUUUCCAGGCUAUCCUCCUGAUGUUCCACAAAACGUAAGCUGUGAAACAUGGAAUUUAAAGGAAAUGACCUGUGAAUGGAAACGGGGAAGAUCCACUAAAUUAUAUGGCACAGAAAGAGGAACAAAAUACCUUAUAUUUGAAAGAAUAUCGGGGGGAAAUGUUACAUUUGACUCAACCAAAACUGAAGAACAUUUUCGGUGUAAUUUCGCAGUUCUGAAGAAUCAUACAACAUACAACUUCACAGUCCAGGCUUCCAAUCCUCUUGGUCGAUCAGCAGCGUCUCUUUCAAUUGAUAUAAAAAGGAGAGUUCAUCCACAACCUCCUUCUCGAUUAACUGUGAGGGACAAAAGCCCAAAUAAUGUCACCUUAUCUUGGUACCUGCCUGGCAGUUUCAUGGAUUUCAAACUUCAGUGCCAGGUUAAAGUUACCCACAACACUUUCAGAGAAGAACUGAACAUGUGGCUGGAAGGUGCAGAAGACUCACGUUACACAAUCUCUGUGGACAAGCUGCAUCCCUACACAGCCUAUACUUUCCAAGUUCGCUGUUCAGCUGCUGAGCCCCUCUUCUGGAAAUGGAGCAACUGGAGUGAGGGAGCACAGCACAGAACUCAGCAAGCCCCUCCAUCAGCAAAGCUAGAUAUCUGGCGAGAGAGAAGUCCUGAUGGUGAGACUAUAAACAUCUUUUGGAAGCCGCUUCCCAUUUCGGACAGGAAUGGCUUGAUAGAGAAGUAUGAAGUGUCUUGGUGUCUCUCAGAAACAUCCAUGAACAGGCAGGCAGUUCUGGAGCCCUUCAACAGCACCACAAUAAACCUGGGGGGAAAUGAUUGUGUACUCUUGGUGGUGGCGAAAAAUAAAGGUGGUCACUCUCCUCCUUCUCUGAUAAAUACUGCUGAAAUUCCAGUCUUUGAUGUCCCAACAGAGAAUGCAGUUUCAACAGGAGAUGGCAUUUACAUCACUUGGCAUCCUGACUUCAAUGUAACUUGUGGCUACACAGUGAGGUGGUGUCACGGACCUGAACCCUGUGCUGCUGUCAACUGGGAGACGUUUCCAAAAAAUGUGACCAAUGCUGUGAUCAAAUCUGCUCUCUUUCAGCCAGGAGUCAGAUACAUUUUUUCUCUCUAUGGCUGCAAAGACAAUGGAUACGAGCUACUGAGCUAUGUACAUGGCUACACACAAGAACUGGAUCCAGUUGUUCCACCAGUUUUUAUUGUGGAGGAUGCCACCUCAGAUUCCAUCUUAAUAAGAUGGAAGGACAUAUCUGUUGAAAAUUCCCGGGGCUUUUUAAAAGGUUAUCUGCUUCGCUUUAGCAAAGGAGAAAAGGGCAGCAUGAAACCAAAAGCUUUUGAGUCAGGUCAGUCAGAGACCUAUUUUAACAUUACUGACCUAAAACGAAACACCUUAAAAAUAUCAAAUCUCCAAGGGAAAACAAGCUAUCACCUGAAUUUAAGAGCCUACACAGCUGGUGGAAUGGGUCCAGCAAUGGACAAGUUUGUGGUUACAAAGGACAAUUCUGUAGGAUUAAUCAUUGCCAUAAUUGUCCCUGUGGCAAUUGUUAUCGUGUUGGGAGUUGUGACUAGCAUGCUUUGCUACCGGAAAAGAGAAUGGAUUAAAGAAACUUUCUAUCCUGACAUUCCAAACCCAGAAAACUGUAAAGCCUUGGAAUUCCCAAAGGAUCCAGAGGGAAAUCCUAACUCUAAAACCUUGGAGAUGAAUCCAUGUACCCCCAAUAACAUUGAAGUGGUUGAAACACAGACUCCAUGCCUGAAGAUUGAGGACACAGCUAUUACAUCACCUGUGGCUGAAGAACUUCCGGAGGAUGGCUUUGACUUGGAAACGGAGAGCCACAUUGUUGUCUCCUACUGCCCACCAAUCAUCGAGGAGGAGAUCUCUAAUCCACCAAUCGAUGAACCUGUGGGGUCUUCCCAGGUCGUCUACAUUGACAUCCAGACCAUGUAUCCGGCUCCAGUUAAGCCAAAGGAAGAACUAGAAGUUGAUUGUGUGGCUGCAGCAGGCUACAAGCCCCAAAUGCAGCUGCCUGUGAACCGCUUGAUUAAUAUGGAGGAUUCAUCAUCUGUUGAGGAGGACAUGGACAAGGCUGCGGGCUACAGACCUCAAGUGAAUACUCCCUCCUGGAACACAGGCUGUCCAGAUUCUCCUAGAUCCAUUGAGAGCAACAACGAAAACACCUCAUUUGGGAGCCCUUGUUCAGUUAAUUCUCGGCAGUUUUUGAUCCCACCCAAAGAGGAUGAAGACUCCCCCAAAGCUAUUAAUACCGGGUGGUCCUUUGCUAACUUUUUUCACAACAAGCCACAUGUUUAGCCUUGGGAUGGUAAUGGUUGCUCUGAAAGCGGCUCUUUGCUGAUCCGUCUGGAGACACCAUAGCAGAGGGCUUAUAAUUUUAUUCAGUGAAACUAAAGGUUAACCUUGUUUUAAGUUAACACUGGAAGUGGCAAUGUUCAUUUUGGAUGACAGAGAUGUUAAUUGACCCCAGUAGGGGAUAGGUGUUCUGAACUAACCCUUUAUGAAACCAAAGAGUAGCAAGAGCUCUGGAUUUAGUUUUUUUGGGGGGGGGGAGUUUCCCCCCAACUCCGCAUUGUCAGUAGAACAUAAGGCUUUUCUUUUGUGACUUUUCUGGUUUCCCAUUUUGACUAGUGAGGGGGAAUCAUUACAAGCAUUGUUCCAAACACAGUUAGGUGGUUUGUUCAACUUUAGAGGCAAUGAUGCAUGCCAGGUAUGUCCAGGAUUGGGGCUUUGUUGCGUAGUCAAAGAUAUAUUUUUCUUUUCAAAGUUUUUUUUAUAAAAUGAUUCUGGCCAACCAAACACUACAAUACUGAAACACUACAUUUCUGCAGCUGUUGGUGGUUUUAAGGCCCUGUUCCUCAACCUGCUCUGUAGCACACCUUGUUGCCUCAGGCGAUGCAUUCCCAUGGGCUUCUGUGAAAUUAAACCAGUUUGUAUGGAAGAGCUCCAUCUUUAAGUAGCUUGUCAGCUACAGCUAUGCCUAUCUGCAGCAUUAGUUCUACAAGCAUGGACACUCCUUCCUGUACUUACUGUAUAAGUGUAUAUGCAAUAGAUGACUCAGGGGUUCAAACACAAGUAUGACACUGAUUUUAAAAUCUCAGUCAGGAAUAGAUAAAUGCAUUAAAACUCCAGCUUUUUUAGCAAUGUUUUAAAUAUAAAAUGUGACUGCUGUAUCUUGACCUCAAGUAGUUGUGCUAGGUGAGAACCCAUCUCCUUAACAUGCUACAUUUCUUUUCUGUGGAGGGAUAUUUUUGUUUGUUAUUUGAAGAUCAUUCAGUCAUGUGAGCCUCCACCUGCAACCUGAAGUGGUUGAGGCACCACUUGUGGAUAAACAGAUUUAUCUCCCUAGGGAGCACUUGCCCAUAGUUAACUGCACUUGCCCUGGUAGCUCCCUGCGUCUCAGACGUAUGUUUCCAGGAGAGAUCUGUGAACGCAAGAAGAGCCUGCUGGAUCAAGCCAGGGGCCCAUCUAGUCCAGCAUCCUGGUCUCACAGUGGCCAGCCAGAUGCCUACAGGAAGCCCACAAGCAGGACCUAAGGGUAACAGGACUUUCCCCUUUUUCAGUUUCCAGCAACUACUAUUAAGAGGCAUAUUGCCUCCAACAGUGGAACAACAGUCUUCCAUAGUAUUUCUCCUGCACAACCACCAUAACAAUAAUCAGGGCAAACUCAAGGAUUGUUUUCCAUCCAUAGUUUCCAUGGAAAACUGUUGCUCCUAGGGGGAAAGGCCCACUGUGAAUACAUUUUCAUGUAUAAAUAAAUAGAGCCUCCUCUUCCUCCUGAAUUUCCUUGCAAGUAUUUGCCCAGAAAACAAGCAGAGGGGAGAUCUUGUUUUGUAUGCAUGUACUCUGGAAUACUUCUUUAAAACCACCACAGAACUCCUUAUUUUUUCUUCUUCAAAUAAAGUUCUUUGGCAUACAAGCAGUCUUAAAACAAAGCUAAAUCAGAUCUUGGCAUUUACAGUAUAUUUCUUGCUUUUGCAAGUCUGCAAUUACACACUACUUACAGGGCUGGUAUUUAUGCAUACGUAGAAUAUAUAUGUUUGAGGUAUAUACAGACCUCUUUCCAAUUUCCUCAUUGGCAACUGCCUGUUCAAUUGUUUGUAGGUAAUUUUUUAGAAAGCAAGUCAAGAGAUCAAUGUACUAGGCCUGCUUCAGCUCUGAGCUACUGAAACUUACAUAUAAGCCCAAUUACAUUGGUGGUCUUUUCAUGGUAUGGGCCUCUGUUUUCCAGCUGCUUUGAAAUAAAUAUACUGUCUGUAUUCAGGACUACCAUAUUUUGAAUGGCCGUUCUAAGAGACUUUGUGCAAAAUUUGGUGGAUGUGAAUGGAAAUGUUCUAGCGUUGAGUUAUUGUCAUCAGAAGGAAGUCACGUUUGUGCAGUGCCUUUUUAAUGUGGAGGAGUCUUCCUUUAUUACUUUUGGUAACUGAGGACCCUUGCCCCCACCCCCCACAUACACACUAUUUCCAGCACCAAUCAGUAUCCCUGUUUUUGUUCAUGUGGCAAUAGUGCUUGGCUCUCGUGUCCUAAACACUGGUUGGUUAACCCUAUUUUCAUUUACUCUUAAGUAGGGGUAGCUACAUUGGCUGGUAGUGACAUCAAACAUUCCUUAAAAUCUGAAGGUAUGUGUUUUUUAACAAGCAGAGUGCCUUUUAUGUUCUUAAGCGGCUUGUAAUGCAGCUUUUUCAGGGCUUCUUUCAGGAAUUGAAUUUGCUCGCUGAAAGCUCUUCCUAAUGUGCGGUGAAAUUAUAUGUAUUGUAUCAUUUGUAUCAUCCUGCUAAGUGUUACAUGAGAAGUUUACCAUUUUACCAAAUGUGUGGUGAAAAGGCAGUCUGUAUCCACCAGUAUGAGUUUACCAUGUAGAUUUCCUUCAUUCUAAAGUCAGUCAGCUGGGUGGACAGAAGCUACUCCAUUCCAGCUGAAGAUAAUGGUAGUCUUUUUUAAAAUAUCAUUCUGUCCCAUCCUCAGUUAGAGAAUUGGCCUAUAUCAAGAAAGUAGUCCAUCGCAGUAUAUUUGAGAGAUAUAUAAAAGACUUCGAAAGUUGUAUACAAAAGUCAAAUGCCUUGAAACUUGUAAUGUUUAGUUACCAUGAAACUGCAAAUUGGUCUAAAACUUCUUGCAACAUGUUGGCUUUUACGCCUUUAAAAAAUUAAGAAUUAGCCCGAACUAGUGUUCUAGUCUUUGAAGUGUGUGUCAGAUAGCAAAUAUAUCCCAAGGGGCUCAGAUGAAAUGUUAUGUUGUCUUUUCUACAGGAGUUCUGAGAAAUAUUUCUAAAAGACAGUUUGGCACCUAUUUCAUGAGGUGGGGGAAAUUGCAUCCUGGCUCCCCUUUUAGUAACAUUUUAAACUUUAUUUUCUGCCAUGCAGUUAAUUCUGGAAGGAUUUUUUUGUUGGUUUUUUUAAAAAUUUGAGCCGUAUGUUUUUAUAUGAGGUUGUUUUUGUAAUUUUGUUUUUAAAAACAAAACUUUUGAAGGGCAUCAUGGCAUUUAAGUCGUAUCUUUUGUUGCUUUGGGUUGAAAGAUGGGGAGGGAAGGGACUGUGAAUCCUGUGUGUGUGUGUGUGUGUGUGUGUGUGUAAGAGAGUGAGAGAUGGCACUUUUAAAGUGUUUUAGGAUGUACAUUUUAUAGAAAUUUGCAUACGAUAUACCUCACAAAAAUGAUGUGUUGCAGCUUUCCUCAACCUGCUGUCCUCCAGAUGUUUUGGACUACAAUGCCCAUCAGUUCAAAGUGUCUGGAGGGCAUCAAGUUGGGAAAAGCUGAUUUAGCAGAUGUAGUAAGCUAUAGUGCUGAGAGCAAAGUAGUGUGUUUUCACCCUCUAAAUCACUUUCUUCCCUUUCAUGUGAAGAUCUUGGAAUAAUUUUUCUGUGUGUUCAGUGGUGGUGACUAUGCAAGAGAAAUGAGUGGGUGGAUUCUUAAAAUGCUUGCAAAACUGUUGAGCUACUUUUACUACUAUAAACAGCAGGGACUACACCAAGGUGCAUUAUACCUCUUUUGGAGUGCCCAUGAUUGUCUUUUAGAGUACACCUUCAUUAGAGUGCACUUGUGAAGAAAAGUGUUUCUGAUGCCCGAUGUCAAAACGCUGGAAUGUUUUAUCCUGUAGUGGGUCCCUGCCUGCCAAUAGCAUGGGCCACUGUAGGUGACUAGCACAAGUUGUCCGUUUGAAUGGCAAACAUUGGGAAAGGGCCAUAGCCCAGUGGUAGAGCAUCUGCUUUGAAUGCAGAAGGUCCAUGGUUUCAAUCCCUUGCAUUUCCAGGCAGGGCUAGUAGGAAUGACCCGUCUCUGGAUAGCCGCUACUAGCCAGUGUAGACAGUACUGAGCUAGAUGGGCCAAUGGCCUGACUCAGUGUAAGGCAGCUUCCUAUGUAGAUAUUCACUGGUUAGGAGAGUGUCUGGAGAAAAGGGUUCUUCUGUCUUACUCCAGAAUGCUUUCUGUACUCCAGAAUACAAAACUAGGGAUGCGGAAGCUGCCAUGGAGACAUCCAAACAUUGUUUGCCAUCUGUCUCUGAAAAGGGUUUUCUUGUAUGGAAGGGAAGAAGAGGGGAAUGGGUAGGAAGAUGGCUGACUGCUGUUUCAGAAAAGCCCUAUUGGAAGACUUGAUUUCCUUGAAAGUCCAUUUUUUUCAGUAGGGCUUGUGCUGUUGCACUCUGAAGGUAUAGUGUGAAUGCGCCUUUCUAGCACUUCAAGACAUUAAAGAUAUGGGCCUCCAUUGGUCUAAGCUGUGUGUAUAUGGAUUUCAGUUUUAUUGUGCGCCAUAAGGUUUCUGUGUAUCCACACUUGUUGUGGCUGUGGGUUAGCUGGACCCCAGGCCAUUGGUGUGUUCAGAUGUAGAGAUCUGAACAAGAACCCUUUAGAGAGGGAACAGUUCCUAGAGCACUUAUUUAUACCAGUGGUUUUCAGAUGGACCCUCAGUUAAAAGAUCAGCAGUGGUGCGCAACCGUCUCUGAAGAUACACUACUGCUCUUCCUGGCAAUGUGCACAUGUAGAGGAGUGUUUGUAUUUUAGGGUACACUCUCAGUUCACAUGGGGUGAGGCCAAAGAGGUCUGGGCUCUGGACAGGCCUAGCGUGCACCAAGCCAUUCAAAUAUGCUGCAGGAUCCUCUGCAAGACUUAACGGGGUUGCUCAGCAGACCUGUUCAUGUGGAGCAUGUUUGCUGACAGGUAGGAUGUUUGCAAACCACUUACUUGCACCAAUUUAGGUGGAACUUCAUUAUUGCGAAUGGUUUGUGAAUUGUCCCCUCUAUGCAUGGCAGGGGUGGGGAGAAAAGGGUGGUUGGUGUUUUUUGGGGGGGGCACUUUCCCUUGUGGUUGCCUUGAGGCCUUCCUUGUGAAUGUGAAAUCUCCUGCAGUGAGAUUAAGCAGACUCAAAGAAAGUAGGGUUGGAGAGUUGUGUUGGGUGGAAGCAAAAAUGGGGUAGGGAAGGGACUUUGUGAGUAAAGCAAGUUACAUGUAUAUGAUGUGUUUUUAUAGUUCAGUAUGUUCUAAUGUUUUUAUUAAAAAUGUAAAUAGCAUAUUAAAUGGAUAAUAUGUAAUGGCUGGGAAGCUAAUUUCAAUACUUAAAAAAAUAUUAAAUGAGCAUUGUAACGUUGAACUGACUGGAAGUUUGAAAUGUUGCCUGUGUUUUUUUCCUGCAAGCAAUUUGGCCUUACCUAGCCUUGCUUCCUAUUUCUGUACAUUGGGCUGCUGAAUUUGGUCAUUUGAUGCCGAAUCACUCAGGUAUCACUGUCUCUCUUAAGCAAACCUAUGUGAUGUAUGCAAAUGAAUGUACUUCUAUUGCGCAUAUUUAUAUCUCGGGGAUGUCUUUUUGAGACUACUUCCAAUCUCACACAGUGCCCUUGGAAUUUAGAAACUUAUUUCUUGAUUGUGCCCCAGUAAAAGGAGGACAUGCCACUUUGGGAGUUGCAAAAUUAGAAGUCUGCGAGUUGACAUCUAGUCAUCCCCUGAUAAGGGUGCAUCCCAAAUGCCAUAACUUCUUUGGGUUGGGAGGUUUCCCUGUCUCCUGCUGCUGAUUAGUGCUGUCAAGGUUUGUUGCACUGAACAUCUUGAGUAUGUGUGCAAAGAAAGACAGGUGGGAGGGCAGUGUUUGUUUCCCCCCCAUAACAUCCAAAUGAUGGAACCAGUCAUUUGCAACCAUGACUGUCUCGGUGAAAUCACCCAAGUAGGAACGUGGAGUGGAGGAUUAAUAUCAGGGAAACCACAAUUGGGGAGGAGGGGGGAGUGGUAAAGUGUAGCAUUAAUACACUAAAUUUAGCGUGAACAUAAAGCUAGUUUGCCUGGCUGUUUGUAUGACAGUGUACUGCUUACGCCUGUAAUAUGCAUGUAUUAAGAAUUUGUCAAGAGUAUUGUCAUGGAGUUCAAUAAAUGUGUAUUUUCUUACUCUUCAGAA